AUGAUCGCACGUGCCCAUUUGCCGGAGAGGUACAAUGACCGAAUGACCACAUCGGUGGUCGACAUCGGCUUCAUCAGGGCUGACAACAUCAAGGCCACAGACCAUGGCAUCACAGCUUGGCACAACCUCUCGUUGGCCAACCACAGCAAUGCGCUGUACAUCGCCCUCACCACCGAGGAGUACAUCUCGUUUGUGGGAGACACAACUCCUACAUCGCUGGAGAAGGUUGGAUACAUCCCGGGCAACUUGCGCUACCCAUCUUUCGACUUUACAGUCCUUACAACAAAUCCACAUGAUGCAGUGAUGACAACACCGUAUCUCAUGAGCGAAGACAAGUUAACUACAGCGAAUACAGCCGACCUCUACAUCAUUGCGUGGCAUUGUGACAUGACAAAGCUUUUGGAUCUUACAUCAAGGCCCAACGCCAAUACAUUCAACAGGGGCUACAUGCUGCAACAGUUGCAGAUCUACAGCAACGGCGUUUGGCAGUUGAGUCCUACAGAGAAGGACAGCGUUACAGCAUGGCGCUUUGUACCUCGUACAUGUUUCUUUGACAUCUACAGCAAGUACACCUGGGAGGCAGGCUACAUGCAUUCGUACUAA